AUAGGGCAUAUAUACCGACCUAUCUCCUUAGAUCAUAUGAUCUUCACAUUCCACAACUUUUACUACACUACAUUUCCAUUCCUCUUAAAAUCCUAACUUCUACCUCCUAUACCCUAGAAACCCUAAUUUCUACAACCAACUCUUUCUCAUCUCUUUGAAGACGGGCUUCAUAUUGUUUUUCUUGUCAUGGCACCAAACAGAGAAACCCUCUUCGCUUCUUUCGCCGACACCACUAACAUCAUCCAAAAACCUCCUCUGAGGCUUUCCAUGGAAGGCCUCCAAAGAACAAUCUCCGACAUCUCACUCGAACUAAGCAAAGAAUCUAAUGCCAGUCCAAUGCUCCAGCCUAUUUCAGAGGUUGAAGAUGCCAAGUGCGAGUGCUGUGGCAUGUCUGAAGAGUGCACUACCGAAUACAUUAGCUGUGUGCGAGGCAAGUUCUCGGGGAAGAUGAUUUGUGGGUUGUGUGCUGAGGCUGUGAAGGAAGAGAUGGAGAAAAAUGGAGGGAAUAGAGGAGAGGCAUUGAAUGAGCAUAUGAGUGAGUGUGUGAGGUUUAAUAGGAUUGGUAGGACUCAUCCCGUGUUGUUUCAAGCUGAGGCCAUGAGAGAGCUUUUGAAGAAGAGCUCAAGGUUGGAGGGUAGUGGUGGUAGGGCUAAGUCUGUUAGCCCUAGAGAUUUUCUAGGUGGUUUGAGGAACAAAGGUGGUAUUGCGAGGAGCUCAAGUUGUAUUCCGGUGAUUACGAGGGAGAUCAGUGAUCAGAAAAUGGUGACAAGUACUACUGAUCAACAAUGUUAGGAGUACGCAAAGUGCAACAUAGAAUUAGAUACAAAAAAGUAGAUGAAUGGAUAAGAUUUGUGACCCAAUUGUAGGAGUGAACUUCUACCAAUUGAGCUACAUUCUGCUGAGCCAAAGGCCCACUUCUCAAAAAUCCUCUCGGUUCAUUUAUUUUGUGCGUCAAUUCCAUGUUUCACUUCUGUAUUUCUAGAUAUAAUGACUAUUAAGAUUCUGUAUUUAAUUUCUGUAUUUCUAAACAUAUUGACUACUGAGAGAGGCUGGUCAACAAAAGAGGGGUUUUGUCAUGAAGAUGGUAUACAUGUCAUCUUGGAUUUAGCUACUCUCUUGUUUGAGGCUUUAUUGUUAUUAUUUUAACAACAGUGUAACACAUCAAGAAAAAAUAUUUCAAAAAUAAAAUAUAUGAACUAUGAUUAUUCUAAAUAUGAUAC